AUGACCUUGCACACUACACCUGGCGGGACCAUGCUAGGUAGGGCAAGGGCAGUCUCGCGGACGACAGACGAGCACCAUCUUCAGCUCCUGCAACAUGGCUCAGUGAUGACAGCAGCGUUUCUCGGCAUUACGUGCACGGAUGGAUGUAUCGGCUUGCAUGAGUAUGUGCUUUCGCAGCAGGUGUACCAAGGCGCAUUCUUGUUGGAGACCCUCAUGAUGUUCUUUGGCUUUGAUGCUGAAGACGCUCUGAGGCAUAUCAAGUUCAAGAUGCAACGGGACCCUGAUGACCUGCACUGGUACAUGAGUGCAAUGCUGAGAGUCCACUGCCCGCUGUUAUGUUGGUUGAUUGUGCAGCUAGGAGUAAGCUCCAGUGAUUUGCGAGCUUGGACCAUGUCGCCGGAGGACACCCAACGCUACAUCUUGGCAUCUCCCGGUUGCGCAGCAGCCUUUGCGCUGUUUGCCUUGUACGGUGAUGGUUCCAUUGACGCGGAUGGCCGGCUGACUUGGUACUCUGCUAACCUUGAGGAGUUGAUGGUGAUUCAUUCUGCGCUUGAGUUGAUGGUCCCAGGUCUUCAUGUGCGGCAGCCACGACUGAGACCUCAGCGUGCGGCACAUCAUCGAACGGAGUGGAUUCUGUCUCUGCAGAAUCGCGCAGCUGUUACUAGAAUGCAGCAAGUAGGUGCAAACCUGCCACGCCAUUCGAAGUACGUGCAGAUAUGCAGAAUGCUUAGUCUCGACGAUCCAAGGCCAUGGAUUACAGAUCCCCCUGACGACGAUGAGACUGAUGACGGCGACUCUGGAUCUUCUUCUUCUUCUGAUGACGGCGACCCUGAUGACGACGUGCAGCCGAUUGCUGCUGCUGCAGUUGUUGGUGUUGAUGACAACGUUGUUGAUGAUGGUGACGAGGUGGAAGAAGAGGGCCCAGAUCAAGAAGCCAGACAGCUUGAGGAGCUCAACCUGCGCAUCUUGGGUGAGCUAGGUCAAGCGGAGGAGGGUCCUGGCCUCACUUGUCCUUUUGCUGGGUCGUGCACUGCGUCAUGGCGCAUCGAUCAACGUGCUGCGGCAGUCAAGCAUGUGAGGAACAUCCAACGCAGACACGACUAG